CUAUUUGAUUUCUUAAAAAAGAAUCAAUCUUCAGUUAUUUGAGAUGUACAUUAUAUAGGUUGAAGCCCUUCAAUACAUUAUUUUGUAUUUUGUAAUCGUUGUUAUCAUUGGCUUAUUACUGUGUGCAGGGAGUCAGUGUCACUGCACUUGCGCACGAGCUUCACUCGGCAACGGGUUCGUAAGGAAAGGACCAAAUCAAAGCAGGCAUUUUUGUAUUCCAUUUUUUAGUCUAAUCCUCCUGAUGUCUGAAAGGAUUACAGGACCAAUCAUGACGGAGAGGCUGCUGGCUCGCCGGACUCUGGCCGGACCGGGAACAGUGUAGACAGAGAGCGGAGGCGCAUCGCCACGAUCUGGAGUAACGUUGGAAAAUGGUAUUUUGUUUCCUUAUUUUCCUUCUAAUCCGGAGAUGAAAGUUGUUUUUUCGUUUAUGUUUGCGACCGACACGAAGAUGCGCGCAGAAAUAUUUGCACCGUCGACGCAGGUUAUAGAACGGAUGGUAACUUACACCUGUGCAGUUGCACUAUCAUUUAUGGUAACUUUCAAUGCUGGAAGUAUUUUUUUAAAGGUCACGUUCUUCACCGAAUAUCCAGGCACACCAUGCACUGUGUGUGUUCGACUUUUUAUGUGACUAAAUCAGGAUUUAGGGAAUGUGUCGUGACGCUUACUUUGUUCAUAAUGCAAGUUAUAUUUGUGAAAUUGGUGUUAUUCAUAUGAUGAAUCUUUAAAUAAGUCAAUUUCUUAAGAAAUGCAUAUUUCAAACUUUUUUCCCCUCUCUCUGCUGGUGUAUAGAGACUGUUAUGUUUCAUGCAUAAUAUUGAUUUUGCUUGACAACACACGUUUAUAAUGUUUGUUUAUGUGUGCAGGGGCUCAGUUGCAGGCAGCAGUUGUUAUUCUCAGUCUAAAGGAUUACUGCAAAGUAAUCAGUGGAUAAGUCAACGUGACUGAAACCACAUUACAUAUCUCCUCACCAGGCAGAUCAGAAAGUAUAGCCGCUAACAGAGAUGUCGAACAGAUGUAGGAGACAUGGUUUUGUACACACGUCUAAAUAAAAAAAAGUAUCUUCUUUUAUUAUCAAAAGGAUCUUUCGGGACUUGUCUGUGCAUGACCGGCCAAUGGAGGAAGAAAAGGUGGUUGAUCAUAUCCAACCAAAAUCCCGUUCCCCUUUACCUACUGGGAUUCCCAUUAACUGGGGACUCAUCACUGGCCCUGUCCCCCAGCCUGUGUUCCCAGCAUCUUCUUUGAGCACCCAGCUUCCUCCUCCUCAGAGUUCGGCUGUUCACACACGACAAACCAAGGUGAAGUCACUCACACAGAGGAGGGCGAGGGGGCGAGAUCGAGAGAAAGAAAGAGAACGUCCGGACGCAGAUGUUUUAGUGAGCAGUCCCGCUGGGCAGAUUUCAUCCGAAGUCCUUCUCAGACAGAGGCCCAGAGGAAAGGGUCAGCUCUCUCCUCCCGCCCCCUCCUGGCGAUCAGGCACUUCGAAGACCUUCAGCAGUAGUGAUGAAGAGGAGGAGGUUGAGGUGCAAGUCUGUUUCGAGAUCCACAGCCCUCCAGCUGAAGCACGAGGAGAGCAGGUCCUCCGGGAGGGAGAGGAAGCUGAAGACGAGAGGUCAGAGAGAACUGAGGACCAGGUCAGUUAUUUGACAUGCCAGCCUUGUGGGCUCGGGGGGGGCACCCGUCUCGAGAGUCUUCUGUCUGAUCACUCGAGCAGCAGUAAGGAUGACCCAUCCCCUCCUCCUCCUGCUCUCCCUCCUCUACCUGCGCUCUCCUCAUUACCUGCUUCUCCCAAAGCUGCCGCUUCGUCUUCCACGGCAACCAGACACUGGGCGCCCCCCAAGGGCUUCUGGAGAGUAGUGCGCCCUGAAACGCUGCUUCUAAAUGGUGUUACCCCCGACAACGCACCCUCCACUUUACCUCCGAAGGAGCAUGCUCAGACAGAAGCACCGACAGAGCCUCAAAGGUAUUCCAAACAGGAAGCCCAAACCGGCACCAGGAACGAUGCCGCAAGUGUGGUGGAUGACAGCGACACAUCCUCAGAGUUCAAACACUCGGACAGUGUGGAGUGCUACCUGGACAGAUGUGAGCAGAAGGAGUUAGACACUGGUCACCUGGCCAAAGAACUGUGCAGUUCAGACAGCGGGCUACUCUCCGCUGACGAGAAGUCGAAGGUGAAGCGGAGAGCGUAUGUAAAGUUACGGGAAAGAACCCAAAACUUUACAGAGGAGAGCGAGCAGAGCGGAGGGGAAAGUGCCAGCUGUUACGGAGACACAGGAGACGAUUGUAAAGGUGCCCAUGGGGGUCUAGACAGCUCCGGCAUUCUGGCUCAGGAACUUGAACCCUAUUUGAGGUCACUUCUUGUAAUCAGUGAUGAUCUUCCUCUGAGCCCGAGACAUGAGCAAGCCAAGCUUCUUCUGGAGCGAGCACGACUCAAGGCUCGCUCCAAUCACAUUAAAAGCGAUCGCCCCUGCAGACGAUCUCAUUCUGAGCAGAGAUCCACCGUAAGGAAGCAGCAAAUAGAGUCUCCAAUCCCAACGCAUGUGCAGAAAGCCGUUCAAACCAAAGAAGACCAUGCAGCUCAAACUGUGUCUGGUCCCCUUCUUAUCUCCAACCAAGACACUUCCCCUGGUGACCAAGGCGGUCGAUCGAGACGGUAUGGUUGUUCCCCCACACGGGUGCGCUUUGAGGAUGAGUCGGAGAAAGAAGCAGAAUCUCGAUACUUGGAUAGAGUGAGACAGCGUAGCAGGACCGGGACGCCCAAGUCCAAGAGUAAAGAAAGUAAUACGGAUUCUAGCAGUAGCGGUUCAGAGAGGAGCAGAAACAAUCGAAGUGUCUCUCUGCCUCCUUCACAGAAGAAAGAAGUUGUGUGUGUCAGUGGUGAACCCACAACAGUGAUUAAAGAGAUAAUAGUGCUGGUGAAGAAAUGUGAGGCAUGUGGCUCCGUGGUCAAGGAGCCUCAGCCAGUCUCAUCACCAUCAGAGCCAAAGAACCCUGAGCCACAGCAGCCUGAGGACCCACGGGGAAAAGCGUCUCCUCGCCGGGUGCCUCAUAACAAGCCGGAGGUAAGCACUCGUCCGAAAGUCACGUUUGCAGGAGCUUACGUUCUGGGGGAAAACAAAGAGAGCAACACCGGGUGGAAACCAUCAGGCUUUGGGAAACUUAGGAGAAGGAGCAGGAAAGGAGAAAGUCGUCUGGAGUCUGGCCAUGGCCCCUACGGUCCGUCUUGGGCUCAACGUCGCAACUCAAAUCCCAGGAACAGGGUCCAUUUGAGCAGAGAUAGCCCCGGUUCUCUGGAACCUCAUCUUCUGGAGGCCUCUGGUGGCCCGAGAGAAUCACCUCCUCCAUCGUUGCCUAUAAAGUCAGCCCUGAAGUCAAGUUCGAGGAAUCGCUCAGCUGCAGGUCAAUCCACGGUUCAGUUCCAGAUGACCUCAAAUCAGGGAGGCGAGGGAGGGUCCCAGCACUCUGCCCUCCUGGACUCUUCAGAUGCAAGAAGGGAGUGUGCAGUGGCUUUGACCCAAGGGACCCCUGCAACAAGCAACCCCGUGCCCUGUAUCAGGCCCUCCACCCUGAGGUACUCCCCAGCCCGGCUCACCACUGACCUACCAGCUGCUGAACUCUGGGAUGCCACUCCAGAUGGAGCAGGAGCAUUUACUGUUCUGGAAAAGCAGGAGCAACACCGACUGUUUCCUGUUCAAUAUAUUAUAAAAGGUCUCGGGGAACCUGGUUGUGGUCCUGAGUUCCGUUCUGCUUUACGAGGCCCGUCUAUGUCUCGGGCUGAGGACCUCAGAGCAGAGCUGCUGAGAGCAGAACAUCUAAAAGCUGAGGCCAUAUGGGAGGAGAACUCUGACGGUUCCAGAAAGCUGGAUGGACGGCCAAAGCUCUUCCUGCGUCGCUUCUUUUCCUCCAUUGGUCUGAACAGCGUUGGUAGACUGGUGAAAGGAGGCCACUCCAGCAGCAUGGAGCAGCUCAGUUUACCCUCCGGCCCGCGGGUCGGCUCUGCUUCCCCAAGCUCCACGCGCAGACCACAGCCCGCCAUCCGCAUGCAGAGGACGCCCUCACUGCAAACCCUCAACACGGUGCUGCCACUGGCCCAACUGCGCAAAGCCUCCUCGGUGCAGAGUUUAGAGAGAAGAACAGAGCGUUCAACAAUACUGGGAGAAGUGCAGAUACAGUACGGCCUGGCACCAAGUCCUGAUAGCCCUCAGAUCGAGCUUCACAGGGCCCUGAGUGUUGAGAAUUUACUUACCUCAAGGAUUGCGCGUCCAGUGGGCCGGGUCACCCAGGCUUUCCCUCAUGGGACCCUCCUCCUUGAACUCGUCAGACCCCCAAAUGGUCCCUUUGGUUUCGUCAUCUCAAGGGGCAAAGGUCGACCAGACACAGGUGUGUAUGUAGAGAAAGUAGGUGACGGUGGAGGGGAAGGCCCUUACAUCGGUCUGCUCGGCAUCGGUGAUGAAAUUCUGCAAGUGAAUGGAGAGACAGUGGCUGGACUCAGUCUGGACCAUGUGACGCGGCUCAUGAUCAGGGAAAGCACCGCUUCUCUUCGGAUCAUUCCGGCCCGACGCAACCAGCGCUGACUGGGAAGAUAGGCCUGGCACCGAGCCAUUUCUCCUGCAGCCGUGGAUUAUAAUUCACCAGUGCAAACACAACGGAUCGUACGCAUAUGGUAGAUAACCAGCCUGUAUUUCAGCAAAGUUUUACAUCUGAGAAGGGCUACAUGCGAUUACGGGGUAAGAGGUUACUGUCCUGUUGUUCAACAAUAUCACACUGCAAGGGAUUUGGAUUACAAUGACAAAUCAAUAAAAUAACCAAAUGACAAAUCCAUCACGAAAUACAUCCCAUCGAAAGGCCUCAUUAGCUAGAAACUAUAGUGUAUAUACUUAUAAAAUGUUUAAUAUAAAUACUAAAUCCAGCGUGUGUUUCUGCACAUGUGUUUUUGUUCAGACUUAGUUGAAUAGGAAUCCUUUAAUUCACAUCUGAAUUUUAACCAAAUCUUUUUAACUAUAUUUACCAAAAAAAUGACUACAUUUAUUUUUACCUAAGUGUUUUUUAAGUAUACCAUUAAAAAACUGCAACAACUCCA